AUGUUGUUCACCGGAACUUUACGUGUUCGUAUAGUUGAAGCUCGUCAAUUAAGACCGACGGAAUGGUCGAGAAGAUUUAGUCAGAAUGAAGCUGCAACUGUGAGUUUUUUUUGAAAAAAUUAAUAAUUUUUGAAAUGAAUUUGAAUUAUAGGCUGCAAUCGAUUCGUAUGUAAAUGUAGAUUGGGAUGAAUAUCCGAUGGGAAAAACUCAAAUUCGACCAAAAACCAAUGAACCAAAAUUUAAUGAGGAAUUUAUUGCGGUAAGUUAAUUGGGCUGGAAAUGGAAAACUGAUGAGUGAAUCAGAAAUUUUUUUGUUGGGGGCCUAAAAUUAGGAAAUAUUUGGUUUUCUAGGCCAUAUUUUCUCUUCCGAGGUUCACUGAAUUUCGGAUUGACAAUUUCACUCCAAAAUUAAAAUCAAUGCUCACGUUUUUAUUUGAAAAUGAAUGAGUUCACGUUUCUUAUCAUUUUUUAUUCGUGGUCCAAUAAUUUUUAGUCAUUUCUUGAUUUUAUUAUUAGUCUAUUAAUCGAUAAGUCAAAUAUUUUUAUUUUUGCGUGAUCGUGAGUUUUGAGUCCUCCCUAUUUUUAGGCCCUAAAAGUUCUCUAGAAUUGAAAUUUUUGUGGAUUAAUUUUAAAAAAACACGCAGAUCAAGCCAAUUUUCUGUCAUGAAUAAUUAAACCAACUUUUAUCUCUUCUGAUUCCAGAACGAUGUUCAUCAAGGAAAAGCGAUUGGUUUCUCUGUAUUUCAUAGUUGUGUAAUGCCACCAGAUGAUUUUGUUGCAAAUACUCGAAUACCAUUUGAAGAUUUGAAAAUUGGAUCAGCAAAAAAUGAUAUUUGGGUGGAUUUAGAACCACAUGGACAAUUACAUGUUAUUGUUGAAAUGCACGGAAAUAAUGUUGAAGGUUAG